AUGAAGGCAAUCCAAGAAAAUCAACAAGCACCAUCCAGCAUUUUCAUUCGUCAAUUCGACCGUGAAGAGAAGUCAUUCAUGGUAGAUGAAAUGUCACCCCCGCAAUGUGGGAGACAAGCUAGCACUUUUCGCAUCAGCCUAAGAUCACAUUGGUGCGACUGUGGUGCUUUUCAGACUCUACAUUUUCCAUGUCGACAUGUCCUUGCAGCAUGCUGGCAUAUUCUUCUACAUUGGGAGGAGUAUGUUGACAACAUGUAUAGGCUUCAAACAAUUUUUAAUGUAUAUCGUAAAGAGUUUGAGCCAGUAUCAAAUGAGGGAUAUUGGAACCCUUAUAAUGGUCCAUGUCUACGUCCUAAUAUUACGAUGAGAAGACCGACGAAAGGAAGACCAAAAUCUACAAGGAUUCAUAAUGAGAUGGAUAUUAGGGAAGGUAUUCAGCGAAAAUGUUGUGGUUUAUGUCGCAACGAAGGACAUAGUCGCCGAAAUUGUCCCAACAUUGUCGGUUCAUGUAGUAGGUCGUAA